GUCGACCAUGUAGAAAGCCUAAGAAAAUGGCGGUGGUAGUUGACAUACUACUAGCACAUUGCUUGCCAUGCCCUAUAUAUGGAGAGGGGCCUCUGGUGGCUGUCCCAACGCACACACACAAACACAUUAUUCCUCCAUCUCCUCGAUCGCCUGGCCGGCCGUCUUGGUUGCCCUCUAGAGCUCGAGAGCAACUCAAGAUAUAGCUAGCUAGCUGCUCAUCGGAGUCUAGCUAGAGGUUUAACCAUCAGCUAGCUAGCUGGCCAUGGCAAUCUCCUCUGCUCUUCCCUGCUCCCUCCUCAUGGCGGCCCUGAUGCUCCUCGCCUCUGCCGUCGAAGUGCAAGGCAUCACGAGGCACUACGACUUCAAUGUGACAAUGGCGAACGUGACACGGCUGUGCGCCAGCAAGAGCAUCAUCACGGUGAACGGGCAGUUCCCCGGCCCCAAGAUCGUCGCGAGGGAAGGCGACCGCCUCGUCAUCCGCGUGACCAACCACGCCCAGCACAACAUCUCGCUGCACUGGCACGGCAUCCGGCAGCUGCGCACGGGGUGGGCGGACGGGCCGGCGUACAUCACGCAGUGCCCGAUCCAGACGGGGCAGAGCUACGUGUACAACUACACCAUCGUCGGGCAGCGCGGCACGCUGUGGUGGCACGCGCACAUCUCCUGGCUGCGCGCCACCGUCUACGGGCCCCUCGUCGUCCUGCCCAAGCUCGGCGUCCCCUACCCGUUCCCGGCGCCGUACAAGGAGGUCCCCGUCAUCUUCGGUGAGUGGUGGCUGGCGGACACGGAGGUGGUGAUCCAGCAGGCGCUUCAGCUCGGCGCUGGUCCGAAUGUCUCUGACGCCCACACCAUCAACGGCCUACCAGGACCGCUCUACAACUGCUCUGCCAAAGACACGUUCAAGCUGAAGGUGAAGCCAGGGAAGACGUACAUGCUCCGCCUCAUCAACGCGGCGCUCAACGACGAGCUCUUUUUCUCCAUCGCCAACCACUCGCUCACCGUCGUUGAGGUCGACGCCGUCUACGUCAAGCCCUUCACCGUCGACACCCUGGUGAUCGCCCCGGGCCAGACCACCAACGUGCUCCUCGCCGCGAAGCCGUUCUACCCGGCCGCCAACUACUACAUGACCGCCAGGACCUACUCCACCGGCCGGCCGGCCACCUUCGACAACACCACCGUCGCCGGCAUCCUCGAGUACGAGUACCCCGACGCGCCCUCCGCCGCGGCGAGCUUCAACAAGGCCCUGCCGCUCUACAGGCCGGCGCUGCCGCAGCUCAACGACACCAGCUUCGUCGGCAACUUCACGGCCAAGCUCCUCAGCCUCGCGACGCCGGAGUACCCGGCGGCGGUGCCGCAGACGGUGGACAAGCGGUUCUUCUUCACGGUGGGGCUGGGCACGCACCCGUGCCCGGCCAACACCACGUGCCAGGGCCCCACCAACACGACGCAGUUCGCGGCGUCCGUGAACAACGUCUCCUUCGUGCUCCCGACCAAGGCGCUGCUGCACUCGCACUUCGCCGGCCUGUCCAGCGGCGUCUACGAGUCGGACUUCCCCGUGGCGCCGCUGGCGCCGUUCAACUACACGGGGACGCCGCCCAACAACACCAACGUGGCCAACGGGACCAAGCUGAUGGUCAUCCCGUACGGCACCAACGUGGAGCUGGUGAUGCAGGGCACCAGCAUCCUCGGCAUCGAGAGCCACCCGCUGCACCUGCACGGAUUCAACUUCUUCGUCGUCGGCCAAGGCUACGGCAACUACGACCCGGUGAACGACCCGCCCAAGUUCAACCUCGUCGACCCCGUCGAGCGCAACACCGUCGGCGUGCCGGCCGGCGGCUGGGUGGCCAUACGCUUCCUUGCCGACAACCCCGGGGUAUGGUUCAUGCAUUGCCAUUUGGAGGUGCACACAACAUGGGGCCUCAGGAUGGCAUGGUUGGUGCUUGACGGCAGCCUCCCGCACCAGAAGCUGCUCCCGCCGCCGUCCGAUCUUCCCAAAUGCUGAUUAGACUCCCUCCCUCAGCUCUCUAUCUCUCUCCUGCGCCGGUCGCUUCAAAGGGAAUUGUGAAUUAGACUUGAUCACAAAUGUUGAUUUUUUGUUUGUUUACUUUCUUCAUUGCCAAUUGCAAUUCUUUCAGCUUCCAUUUAAACUAGUCCGUUCCUAGCUGACCUGGACUUUUUGUAAUCUUUUCUUCUAUUUGUUUGCCACCCUCUGUAAUGACAAAAUGUUUUUGGGAGAAUAAAGAAUGGCGUGACUUGCACCAGAUCCA